CUUCGUCUGCAUAGGAUAUCACAGAUUAUGACGUAAAGGAGGCAUAGAUCGCAGCACUUAUGGUGUGUUUAUGUGGGACGCGGUGGAUUUUAACGUAACGUAUCUUGUUUGAAAAUAAAAAUUCUCGUAUUUUAUACAAUUAUGGAUUUACUACCAGAGCACGAUUCAAUGUUUUGGAAAAUUGGUAGAUUAAAGACGUUCGAAGAUUGGCCUUUUCAGUCCUCUGAUAAUUCAUGUAAUCCUGAGAAAAUGGCUGCUGCUGGGUUUUUUGCUGUAGGUGGUAAGGAAGAACCUGACUUGGUUGAAUGUUUUAUUUGCUGCAAACAACUUGAUGGCUGGGAUCCUGAUGAUGAUCCAUGGAACGAGCAUGUAAAACAUCAUUCAGAAUGCUUCUUUAUCAGUUUGGGAAAACCUGAUGAGACGUCAUGGACUGUGUAUGAGUUAUUUGAUUUGUUCAAAAAAUAUACAGUAAAAGAAUGCACACGUGAGUUGGACAAAGCUAUAGCUAAGGCAAAAGAAGAAAGUAUUCGGCUAGUACAUGAAAUACCUCACAUUUAUAAGGGAUUAAGAAAGAACUCUAAAUAUCAGAGUUAAGAUUUUGGUAAAGUAAUCCAAGACUGGUUAUGUGCAUAGUUCUAUUUAUACAACUAUGACUUAAUUUUUUUAUUCUCUAAUAAAAUUUGUCACUGAGAAAAUAA